CAUCCUAUUUAUAGGCCCCUCAACGCUUAGUUUCAGUACAUCACACAAGUCCAGUCCAGAAAAGAAAAACCAUAUAUCCACCAUUUCGAGAUCAGCCAUGACCUUGGUCGCUGCAGUGUUGGUCUCUCUCGCCGCGUUGCUCGUCGCCGGCGGCGAAGCAUGCAACAACGUCCCGUCCAUGACAUCGUACGACGCGUGCAUCAAGCUGUCCAACACGACGGAGCGGUGGCACGCGCUCUGCCGGGAGACGCUGCCGAACGCGCCGGCCACCGCCGAGCUGACCGUCUACGCGCUCGUCGCGACGAGGCUGGCCAGGCAGAGGUACAGGAACGCCGUGGCCGAGAUGGACCAGAUGCUGGGCACCGGGAAGCUCCCCGCCGGCGAGAAGGCGUCGGUCGACCACUGCAAGGCGAAGUACGGCGAGGCGGGCCGCCUGAUGGCCGGCGUCGCGGACCAGCUGUUCGCGUGUGACUUCUCGCGCGUCAGGCAGGAGUACAUCGACGCGCAGGUCGCCGUCGGGUCCUGCCAGGACGGACUGUGGGCGUACCGCGGCUUGCCGGUGGUCGCCAUGGUCACGGCAGAUUAUGAUCUGACCAUGGUCUCGUAUUUGCUGGGGGCCUUGAUUGUGGGCAGGUAG